AUGAACGCUUCUAAUCAGGAAGUUGGGCAAGACCCGAAGAGAAUUCCUACAAUUCAAGAGAUGGAAAGUUGGGACGAUGAGCAAUUGCUCGAAUGGAUCAAGAAUAUACAACCGAAAAUUUUCCGCGAUAACAACGACGUUUUGACAUUCAAAGCGGCAAGAAUUAGUGGCUCUACCUUCUUGGAUUAUGCUGGGGAUACAGACUUCUUCAGCAAAACUCAACUGCCCCUCGGAGUCUAUGGUGCUCUUGCAUCCCUUGCAAAAAAAGUUAAGAAACAGAACGAUCAAUCGAACCAGACAGCUGGCCAAAAGAGGAAAGGGGAUAACAAAAAGAGGAGGAAGGACGAUGAAACCGUCACACAGGAAUCACCGACCAGCAAGUCUCCGAAAAGAAUGCGUCUGGAACGAGGUCAAAAUCAGCACCACGAUAACAAUGAUGGCGACAACGACCAAAGACAAAAUAUUAAUCUACUACCAGAAGAGAUCAAGGAUAUUCGGAAUAGAAGGCAGGCAAUUAAGAAGAUCAUCACAGGUCUCGAUACGAAAUAUUCUCACGAGAACUCUGCUUCUCCUGAUUCCGAGUUUGCUCUGCCUGGAGCCGUCGCCCUACUUUCCGAUCCUCAGCACGAACAUAGACUUCUAUUUCCAAUGACCAUUUUGAAGACGCCUACUCGAUUUGCGAUCACCAAGGAAGGCGUUUGGCAGUAUGUGGGAAGAGAGAUAUUUCCAGAACUUCUACGUCAGCUCAAAACCGCUCGUGAGGCGAGUCCGUACUCAAACCUCUGGGUCUACGGAACCAGAGGCUAUGGGAAAUCUCACCUUCUAGCAGCACUCGUCUGUUACCUGUCAGCCCUAGAGAACCGGGUUAUAUACAUCCCGGAUUGUCGUAUAUGCCUUGAGGAUCCUCUUCUGUACUUUCAAGCAGCAUUGUUGUUCGCCUUUACCGACAAGGCGGCACAGGACGAGAUCGUGACGCUGGACACGAAGGAGAAGAUACGAAUAUUCUUGGGGCGGCAGAGGAAUGUCAUCUUCGUCAUUGAUCAGAUGAACGCAUUGUGCGAAAAGGAGGGCGAACCCCAGCACACACGUUCGGCCAAGGGCGAUCUCUCAGACUGGAUAAAUCGUCUGAUAGCACGUCACACAGCAGUUCUCAGCUCGUCAGCCAAUAACCAGGACUACCUCAGGGGGCAAAUUUUGGAGAAUAGUAACUUCACCAUGCUUGUUUAUGGCGGCUUGACCGAGACGGAAAUGAAGUGCUGGUGGGAUCGUCACUCCGACUUGAGUCUGGAAGACAAGGCCAAAGAAAACUUUGAAGACCUCACGGGCCGCAUCCCUUUGCUGUUGAACGAGUGUGUGGUACGUGGAAAGAUUAACCUUUCACCACUCCAGAAAGUCGCGGACAAAGCCGUGAUAUUCACCGACGGUGUCAAACUGAAAACGCUGAAUGAGGGUAAUGAUGUCCGAUGGACUAGGUAUUGCGAGUUCGUGAACGCUUGCUUUCUCGGCCUUCGCGUGCAGACUGUCAUUUUCCAGACACCCGACCUCGUCGACUAUCGUUUUUUCUUCGGGCGCGAAGAACGACACGAAGACGAACUCGAUGACGGAAGCGAAGACGAAGUCAAUGGCAGACGCACAUAUGUCACUGGUGGCUGUUCUUGCGGUGUGGUCCGCGAAGCAGUAGCAAAUGCCCUCGUCCAAUAUCAACAAUGCCAAGUUUCUGGAUGCAAUGUCGACAUUUUAUAA